CUUCUACCGUUGAACCUUCCUGCAGGCUACUACAGGCUUCCCUGUUGUUUCUCAGCAGGUUUCUGUAGUUUUUGUCGUUUCCAUGUAGCCUUUACUUCAAUCGCCGAAGCAUAAAUGAUUCAAUCAUCAUCACCGUGGCUCUUCUUCUCAUUCGCGGCCGCGGUGAACCCAACUACAGUCUCUCAUCAUCGAAUUGCGAUCAUUAUAGAUCUGAACGAAGGCGCGUACACUGUGAAUUGGGUUGUCCAUAACUACCUUCGACCCGAUGAUGUCGUCAUCCUCCUUCAUGUUCACUCCACUUCUGUUAUCUAUGGUGCUAAUUGGGGAUCAAUAGACCUCUCCGUUUUGGAGGCCGUGGCUACCACUAAAGAAGUUGGCUUUGAGCACUCGCAACAGGAACUUGAGGAAGAUUUCAAUGCCUUCACUAUCACUAAAGAACAUCAUCUCACCCAGCCGCUUGUUGAGUCUCAUGUCGCCUUUAAGAUCCACAUUGUAAAGGAUCGUGAUAAGGAAAGGCUCUGCCUCGAGGUAGAGAGGCUUGGGCUCGGUGCUGAUAUUAUGGGCAGCAAGGGAUUUGGGGCAUCUAAGAGGAGCGAUAGAGGGAGGCUUGAUAGUGUCAGCGAUUAUUAUGUUCACCACUGUGUGUAUCUUGUGGCGGUAGUGUGGUACCCUAACGAAGCUGCAGGGGCCUGACUGAAGAUGCUAUCACUUCGAACACUAUAACUGCUACUGUGAUUAACAAGGCUUCGAUGAUUUUUCCUUCAAGAGGCCCAUUCUCCGAAGCUUUUUUCCUAUACCAACCCAACCUCCAGAGCUUUUGCCUGCUGCUGGCCAUCUUUUUGAGUUUUUUCUUGCAGCAAACCAUCCUCUAGAGUUUUUUUCUACAACAGACUCUUCUGAGUUUUUUCCUGCACCAGGCUCUCCUCCUUAGCUUUCCCCUACAGCAAGCUCUCCUCGGAGCUUUUCCUUGCAGCAAGCCCUCCUCUGGAGUUUUUCCCUAAGGCAAUCCCUACAACAUGCCUUUCUCUGAAAAUUUUUUUUGUA